GUACUGUGCGCGGCGAUGGAACCGUUACCAGCCUUUUUCGAGACCAGUUCCUCGGCGACGCUCGGCCGCGAACCUUGAUCCACGCGAGGAAAAUCGACGAAUCGAAGGAACAGGCGCUCUGGACCGGUCUGGAUCGUUUCAGUUUCGAUAUAACGACGCUCUCACGCGGACUAAUCGGAUUUUUUCCCGGAUCGGUUGAUGAUGGCGAUCCUGUGAUCUGGCGCGGUGGUGACAUUCUUAUUGGAAAUAGUGUUUCUCGUGUUCGGGAUACAUUCGAGAGGUUGAUACAUUUCCAGAGCGAGAAAGGUAGCGAUUAUUCGAAGAGAGAGAUCCGGAAAAGGCAAUAUGAAGAUCUUUUAUUGUUUUUUGGUGAUCGUGCUGUCUCGACAGGCUCUUUGUGGAAUUCUAAGAAACCCACCUGCCUUCUCGAAGCCAGUUUACUCGGAUUCCUAUCUUCCUGCAGCUAUGCAAGUGAUAUUCCACGCUGUCGAGCAAUUGAAACUCCUCCAAUCAGAAGAGAUUAUACACAGCUCGACCAACACAGCAAGUCCCUCGACCUCGCCGAUCACCCUCACAGAUCAAGAUCAACAAACAACGUCUCAAGAUUCUUCCACCUCGGUCACGAUAACUCAAGAGGAGUCGAACGCGGAGGAGGAAGAAUCCAACUCGGAAGACUCGUCGAGAAACAAGGAGGAGCAAACGUCCCAACAACCCCCGGAAAACAGACCGGUAGACUCCAAGAUCGAGGAAGAAACGGAAGAAGCGAAAGUGGACGAGGCAUCGACGGACGAAGUGGAGGGAUCAAGAGUCGAAGAGACUUCGAAAGGUUCCAAAAUUGAGGGGACGUCGAGCGAUGAAGCGGGCGAGAAGAAAGCGAGCGAAACAAAAAUGGACAAAAUGGAAGGAACAUCGAAGGACGCAACGGCGAAACCUGUAGAAUCGACGGAGGAUCGCACGGGAGUAGAAGAAUCGCCAGAGUUGAACGAGGAAACCCCAGAAGCGAACUACGCGACGCCGGAAACGAAUUACGAGAAACCGGAAGAGGUGCAUGCCGUGGAAGAAACGAAUCAAGAAGUUGAGGAGGAAAAUCACGAAUGGAUUUCCUCGAUCGAUGCGGAAACGAGGGUGGAAGUGACGACAGCGUUGGCUAAUGCUGCCGAUUCGGAUCGAGUGACGAUCAUUGGGAAACAUGACGAGAAGAAAGAGCCGACGAUCGACAGCGUGGUCCAAGGUGUCUACGAGAUCUUGAAACCUACCACGUCGAAAUUCGUGGAUGAAGAACUGUUCGAGGAGUCGAAAAGCAUCGUGGGAGUUUCGGUGGAGAAAAUGGAGAGGGCCGAGGAGGAGAGUGACGAGAAUAGGUUUACACGUCUGGGCGAGAAGGUGACCCAAGUUCCAAGGCCGAGCUUGACCAGCUAUCUAAGACGUUCCAAAGUACCACCCAGUGCCACUCUUCAACAACUUGCAAAUCUUUACGACUCGUUGAGCAAGGAUGCUAGAAAACAGGGAUUUGGCAAAUAUACCGGAUAUUCCGACGAGGUUCUCAAUACUUUGGAAACUUCGGCCGAGGGGGGUAUAGGGCCACAGAUGAAGAAGAUUCUUUCCAAGGUGUUGGAACGAAACGAGUUGACCAGGGAAGACGCGAGAAUGAGGGCGUCACAGGCUGUUCGAGAUCUCGACAACCCUUCGAGCAUGCUCAACAAGGAUCUAAGAGCUGUGUUGCCUUUGCGUUAUUCCCCGUAAUCCUAGAUAUUAGAUAUGAUCGAUUCACACGCGUCCACGAUUAAUUCGAUACGUUGAUUUAAGGAUUUGUUAUUUUGAAGGGAAAAUUGAUAUUCCGUAGCGUAGAGAUUGAUCGAAUAAAGUGGAACGUCUAGUAGUAAUACUCGUUUUGAUUUGAAAAUUUUAUUACGGAUUAUUGGAAUUGGAAAUUGUUGAAAAUUUUAAAUAGAAUUAAGUAAUUAUUUGAAUUACCUGUUGAAAUUUAGAUUACACUUUCUUCGACAGUUGAUUUCGAGCGUUGAUAAUACACGGUGGAAAUAAAAUUAUUAUUUUCUUUCUGUAUAAUUAAUGAUUCAAUAAAACUUUUAUACAUAGUG